AUGAGUAAAUCAGCUAAAUCUCCCGGAGGAAAAAAUGCUAUCAAAAAUGAUGGAGGGAAGAUGGACAUAGAGUACGAUGGAAAUGGUGUAAAACAUUCCGAAUUUGUCGUUGUAUCCGACAGUAAUGGAGAUCCACUGGAAAUCCCAACCGCUCUGGACAACAGUUUAUUUAUGGCUACACUUCAAGCUUCAUACCCCGGUGCAACUGGAUUGAAGUAUAAAAACCCAAAAACUGGAGCUCUAAGAGCUGUCGCGGUUGACGCUACUGGAACAAAACUUUUGCCGCCUUCAGAUGGUUGGGAUGACAAAGUGUUUAUAGUGAUCACACCGAACGCGCGCCCAGAUCGAGUGCGUGAGGCGAGAAAGGUGUGUCUAGGAUCGGAUGUAAGUGUGAAACGUCGCAAGAUUGGUUACGAUGAUGGAGAUUCGGACAGUGACGGUGAAGGCCGAGUCGGUCGCAAACGUGCUGCCGACGAUUGGGAUUCGUUGAACCAGCCAGCGACGCCGCGCCGUCCUGUUGAUCUCAUCGUGCUCGGCGUGAAUUUCAAGACUACUUGUGAAGAUUUCAAGAAGUACUUUGAGACAUUUGGUACCGUCGCAUUCGCAGAGAUCAAAAAGAAUGCAGACGGCUCUUCCAAAGGAUUCGGAUUUGUGCAAAUGAGCACCGUGGAAGAGGAGGACAAAGUAUUGGCGACUGUCGAUCACAUAAUCGAUGGAAGACGCUGUGAAAUUCGUGUCCCUGAACCGAAACGUGUCGAUGCCAGUGGAAAGCGCAUUGUCCCACGAAGACCUGUAAUCAAUAAAAUAUUUGUCGGUCGCCUCACAGAGAAAGUCACGGAAGAGACAUUGCGGAAUUUCUUCAACAAACAAGCUAAAACUUUCAAGGAAUCUGCAUCGGUGUCCGGUGUCCAAAUUCCACGACCUUUCCGUGGUUUUGCUUUCGUUACAUUCACGCACGCGGAAAUCGCUGAAAAAAUGGUUAAGGAAAACAAUUUCGUUAUUGACGGUAUGUCAGUCGUCGUGACUUUUGCUAUUCCACGUGAUAAUUCACAUCAGUCCGGUGUCCCUGGAUCAGAGGCUCCGCUUGGAUACGAUUACGGUUCUCCAUAUGGUUAUGGACAAGGUGGCGCUGUUUAUGAUGAGUCACCACUGGGACUUCUUCCAGCUGCUGUGAAGUUGUGA